UAUCAUUCCGGAAGAGCGGAAGCUUUUAGCUGAUGCACACACUUCCGUGUGUUUGUAAACCAAAUUGUGGAGAUGAAUUUUGAGUGGCCUUGGCAGUAUAACUUCCCUCCUUUCUUCACGCUACAACCAAAUGUCGACACUAGACAGAAGCAGCUGGCGGCGUGGUGCUCGCUGGUGCUCUCUUACUGUCGACACAGGAGAAUCUACACCCUGGAUGUGAUGGAGGCUCAGGAAAGUCCAAUGUUCAACCACAAGAAGAUUGAGCGAAAACUGUCAGUGGAGGCCAUCCAAAUAGUUUUUGAAGAAUUAAGAAAAAAAGGGAACCUGGAGUGGAUAGACAAAAGCAAGACGCGCUGUCUGAUAAUGUGGCGGCAGCCGGAGGAGUGGGGAAAGCUCAUUUACCAGUGGGUUUCCAGAAACGGGAUGAUCAAUUCGGUGUUCACGCUGUACGAGCUCUCCAACGGGGAGGACACCGAAAACGAAGAAUUCCACGGGCUGGAGGAAUGCAUGCUGCUGCGCUCCCUACAGGCUCUGCAAGUGGAGAGCAAGGCUGAGAUCAUCACAAUGGACGAGGGAAAGGGCGUCAAGUUCUUCUGAAAGGGGCUCCCCGUGGAGCCCGCGUGGCCCUGGGCGCUCUGGGAACUGCGUUGGUAGCUCUGCGAUGGGCGCAGGCUGGGAGAGCGCUCUGUCUUCCACUCGCAACAAAAAAACACUUUGGCAUUUGGGUCUCUCUUUCUUCCACUGGUCACCCUGAGAGCGGAAGACGUUUCAGGAAAGCCAUUCUACUGUUGCGUCACUCUUGUCUUCUUGAGGAUGCUGUCAGUGCGGCACCUGGGAUCUCGACGAGGGGCUCUGCGUUGUUCCGCCACCUGCAUUUUGUCCCAGAAAAGAGUAGAAACACAAGGUACUCAUUUACUGUAGUUCGCCUGACAGUUGCCAUGGAUCAUGUACCCAUGCACACACCUGACGUUUCCCGGUGCAUCUGCUCCCCUCAUUAUGUCUCCCUGUAUUCGACUCCCUUUGGUUACAAUAUUUGGCUGUGAAAUAAAACGGAAGUGAAACUGGGCAUGUGUGCUUCAGCACUUUUUGCCUUUCUCUGAGUUACAUGAAAAAGCGUUUUAAAAAAAAAAAAAAAAAAAAAAAAUGACAACCAAAAUGGAAAGUGGGACCACAGGGAAGGGGUUAUGUAAGUGCCACUGGUAGAUGGUUAGUGAGUUGGUUAGAAAAGUUCCUCUUGUACAUUGUAUGCUUUAUUUACAGUAAAUGUUUUAUCCUC